CCCAUCAUCACAUCAUCACACCGCCCCAGUUCUCCCGCUUCCUCUCCUCAGACACUAGCACUGCGACUCAGAAGAUGGCCCACUUGCAAGGCAUGGACGCUACCGAAAAGCGAGGGCGUGUGCUUCGCUUGGCGCAGGAGGAAGGGAUGAAAGCUGGGGGCCUAGCGGGGCUACUAUCUUGCGCUGGCGUGGUGGCAGCUAACAAGUUUUCCCCGUGGUUCCGCAAGUCAACCAGUGUUAGCGCCAAGACGGCCUUGGCGGUUUCUCCGUUUUUCCUCUUCUACCUGCUUCGAACAGAAUUGGUGAUGCACGGGGCGAACCACGACCCUCACGCGUACGGCAUCGUCGACGACGUCGUGGGGUCUGAUGACACCACCAGGAAGUCGAAGAUCUUGCAGCCUCGCAAGGAGCUCAACGCGGCCCAACAGUUGGCCAACUGGUGCUACGUCAACCCUUUCAAGAUGGUUGUUGGAAUGGGCGUGCCGGCGGUGGGAGGCAUCUUGUACUCGAUGCGCAACGAGGGCAACCUCAAGCUCAGCCAGAAGCUCAUCCACACCCGGGUCUACGGCCAGAUGACCGUGGUUUCGAUGGCGGUGGCGAUGAUGGCGUUCCAAGAGACCAUGAGGCGUAGAGGGGGGCUGUUCGUCGUCACGGAGGCGGAAGAGGAAGAGGAAGAAGAGGAAGUGGAGGGAGCGAUCGUCCCAAGAUCGAAGUAGUUGGAACCUCAUGAAACGAGGCACACUGCCUUGCCGCCGUCGCUGUUGUGUCUAGUAACUGCCAAGAGGGGCGGCUCUGGACGAGGUGGUUGGCCUCUUGACUUAGAGAGACCUUCAGAUUAUUUUUUGGGUGGCCGGGAGGUUGGCGACGUUUUGUCCUUGUUGGCUGGGUGGGGUGUAUGUUUGCCUGCAUGUAUGUGUGAUUUUUUCUUUGUCAUAAAACAUGUGUGUGCGGUGUUCAAUGGUGGACCUCGUAGAAUGUAGAUGAUACGGUAUGAAGCGUACACCACCUGUGUGCCCGUUUGAGUGAGGCUCGUGAACAUCUAGCUGCCCGGGCGGUGCGAUCGAGCCGCCUCUCGUGUGCUUAGUUAGCUGCCUGCUCUCUUAGGUGCCCUAGAGAGAAAACGACCACCUCGAAGCCCACAUUUCGUCUGUCCCCGCUUUUCUUCGUACAUGUAGCCUUGCAUGAGGGUGCGUGGCCUUUCGUGGGGGUAUGCACACGUGCAAGUGUGUUUCUUUUCGAGACGCAAUCUGAGAUUCAGGACAGCAACGCCAGCGCUUCCGUGCAGGGAUCAAAAGAAAAACGACGAUUUUUUUUGCGUGCAGGUGAACAAAUGUUCUGUGCGGCCUAACCGCGCGCGCUCUCCCCCCCCUCGAUCUCUGUUGGCUUAAUUAAGAUGGGUGGUUCUCGUAGUUUGAUCGCAGGGUGAACGCCUCAAAGAGAAGAACAUAGAUGAUGAGCAUAACGCGUUGUUGUUGGAUUGAGUAGGCCUGGCAAGGACGUUCUUGACGGCUUCUUGCCGUAUGUUUUUUUUGUUUGUUUCCUAAACAAGCCAGCGGCGUGUAAUGUCGAAUUGCGUGUGUUGAUGUUAGUGUGGAUUUUUUGCCUCUACGUAUGAAACGACAAAGUUUUGCAACUUUGCUUUUUUCCCAUCCGGCACGCGUAAAGCAUCGUGCCCAGUAAGUUACAGGUUGUGGGUCCAG